AUAUAUAGCACUAGCACAGACCCUCAUAUUCCCAAAUCCAAACCCAAGCCUUGUUUUCUUUUCUUACUCUAAAAAUGGCUGUCAAAGUUGUGGCAUACAUACUCUUCAUUACUGCUAUUUCCGGUGCACUGGCGAAUGACCCUGAUCUGCUUCAAGAUCUAUGCGUCGCCAAGCCUUCUUCAGGAAUCAAGGUGAACGGGUUCGCGUGCAAAGACGAAGCAAAUGUCACAGAAGCUGAUUUCUUCUUUGCUGGUCUAGCAAAGCCAGGACAAAUCAACAAUUCAGUAGGCUCACUUGUAACAGGAGCCAACGUUGAGAAAAUUCCUGGACUCAACACACUAGGCGUAUCUCUGGCGCGCAUUGACUACGCACCUGAUGGCCUAAACCCACCGCACACACACCCUCGCGCCACAGAAAUAGUAUACGUGCUUGAAGGCACCCUGGAUGUAGGAUUCAUCACCACCGCGAACAAGCUUAUCGCGAAAACAAUCACGAAAGGAGACAUAUUCGCGUUUCCGAGAGGUUUAGUACAUUUUCAGAAGAACAACGGUGACAAGUCUGCUUCAGUGAUUUCAGCUUUCAAUAGCCAGUUACCUGGUACUCAAUCCAUUGCAGUUACUCUGUUUACGGCAACUCCAGCAGUGCCUGACCAUGUCUUGACUAAAGCAUUCCAAAUUGGUACUAAAGAAGUUAACAAGAUCAGGUCCAAGCUUGCUCCCAAGAAGUAGAGAGACCAUAAUACUUGGUAUGGAAGAUUCAUCAAGAACUCAUCUUCUGCAUCAUUGCUUCUGUAAUUUUCCUCUAAUUAAUUAUAUAUACUUGAUAUAAUUGAAAUAACAAUGAUGUUGAGUAUAAUCAAUUGGUAGGAUGUCUCCAUAUUA